AUGAAGCGCUCCCUUGGACUAUGCUUGGUGGUCUGUUUUGGGAUACUCGAUUUGGGUAAGUGCACUUUGGCUGUAGUGCGCUUUUAAAUUGCUGUAUGAGGUUUGACUACUACUGUACUUCCUAUAUCACAUGUUUUGGUGAAAGAUGAGGAAUACUAAACAACUCAUUCAUUUGAAGAAUUGCUUCAUUUUGUGACAUGUUAUAUAUGAUAUGUUUCUGAUGUGUUUAAUAUGUUGGCAUGAAAAAAAAAAGCAGUUUGUAGUUUAAUUCUUAGAUCACUGCAAAUGUUUUCUUGCCUUGGAUUCAUGCAAACUUAAUUGUACUCAGAGCGAUGCAAACUUAAUGUAUAAAUUGGAUGUUUGAAAAUAUCUCUGACUUCAAAUAACCUACUCACUAAAAUAUUUGUUUUUUUUAGGCUGUGCACUUCGGUGCUUCAAGUGUUCCGAUUACACAGGGCGCUGCGAAAAUGUUCAAGACUGCACUUAUGAAGAUUCCUGUUUAUCUCUGAGUGAAAGAGGUGUGUUUUAAAGUCAUUUUGGAUAAGAGUGUCUUAUAUGAUUAAAAUGUAAUGUAAAUAUGUUUGCUAUAGGCUUUUGGAUGGGUAAAUCUUACAUUGAAAUCUGAUUACACCAUUUGUAGGACAUUGGCUGAAACUUUCAUACACAUUUAGUAUAUUCCUAUUUUUAGUCUACGGUAUUUGAUUGUGAUUGAAUAACAGUUUUAUUCUGUUUAGGUGGGAAGACAAUUCGACAGUGUAUCAGAUACACAGACUGUGACAAUUCUCGGCUGUCCCAGAUGUUCCCUGCAGUCUCCGGAUUCACCUACCGGUGUUGCAACAGCAACCUGUGUAACAGUAGUACCACUUUUGCCACGAGAUGGCCAGUUUUCGCUUUGAUGGGGUCACUGUUGGUCUUCUGGUGGUCCUCACUGUGA